GAGGGGGCAGUCAGGAUGGUGAGGAGAAGCCGGAGACAAAAGCUGCAAAAAGUCACCGGGCUGUGCGGUCGGGAGGAGGGGCUCCGGGUGAAGCGGAGCUGCCCUUCAUGUGGCCCAGAGCCUGGGGGUGAAGAGAAGAAGGGGAGAGGGAACCCUAUUUCUCUUCAGCUGUUCCCCCCAGAGCUGGUGGAGCAUAUCAUCUCAUUCCUCCCAGUCAGAGAUGUGGUCGCUCUGGGCCAGACCUGCCACUACUUCCACGAAGUGUGCGAUGCCGAGGGCGUGUGGAGACGCAUCUGUCGCAGGCUGAGUCCUCGCCUACGAGAGCAGGGUUCUGGGGUCCGGCCCUGGAAGAGAGCUGCCAUUCUUAACUACACGAAGGGCCUGUAUUUCCAGGCAUUUGGGGGCCGCCGCCGCUGUCUCAGCAAGAGUGUAGCCCCCCUGCUAGCCCAUGGCUACCGCCGCUUCUUGCCCACCAAGGACCACGUCUUCAUUCUUGACUACGUGGGGACCCUCUUCUUUCUCAAAAAUGCCCUGGUCUCCUCUACCCUUGGCCAGAUCCAGUGGAAGCGAGCCUGCCGCUAUGUUGUGUUGUGUCGCGGAGCCAAGGAUUUUGCCUCGGACCCAAGAUGUGACACAGUUUACCGUAAAUACCUCUAUGUAUUGGCCACUCGGGAGCAGCCAGGUGUGGUAGGCACAACUGGCAGCCGGGCCUGUGACUGUGUCGAGGUCUAUCUGCAGUCCAGUGGGCAGCGGGUCUUCAAGAUGACCUUCCACCACUCCAUGAGCUUCAAACAGAUCGUGCUGGUCGGUCAGGAGACCCAGCGGGCUCUGUUGCUUCUCACAGAGGAAGGAAAGAUCUACUCUUUGGUAGUGAAUGAAACCCAGCUGGACCAGCCGCGCUCCUACACAGUUCAGCUGGCCCUGAGGAAGGUGUCCCGUUGCCUGCCUCACCUUCGUGUGGCCGGCAUGGCUUCCAACCAGAGCAGUACUCUCUACAUCACAGACCAGGGGGGAGUGUAUUUUGAGGUGCAUACCCCAGGGGUGUAUCGUGAUCUCUUUGGGACCCUUCAAGCCUUUGACCCCUUGGACCAGCAGAUGCCACUUGCUCUCUCACUGCCUGCCAAGAUCCUAUUUUGCGCUCUUGGCUACAAUCACCUUGGCCUGGUGGAUGAAUUUGGCCGACUCUUCAUGCAGGGAAAUAACAGAUACGGGCAGCUGGGAACAGGGGACAGAAUGGACCGAGGGGAACCCACACAGGUGCAUUAUCUGCAACGCCCCAUUGCCCUGUGGUGUGGCCUCAACCACUCCCUGGUGCUGAGCCAGGGCUCGGACUUCAGCAAGGAGCUGCUGGGCUGCGGCUGUGGGGCUGGGGGCCGCCUCCCUGGCUGGCCUAAGGGGAGUGCCUCCUUCGUGAAGCUCCACGUCAAGGUCCCUUUGUGUGCCUGUUCCCUCUGCUCUACCAGAGAGUGUCUCUACAUGCUGUCCAGCCAUGACGUCGAGCACCACCCCACCUAUCGGGACCUUCCAGCCAGCAGGGUGGUGGGGACCCCCGAGCCCAGCCUGGGGGCCGGAGCAUCCCAGGACCCUGGGGGGGCGGCCCAGGCCUGUGAGGAGUACCUCAACCAGAUCCACAGUUGCCCCACAUUGCAGGAUCGCAUGGAAAAGAUGAAGGAGAUCGUGGGCUGGAUGCCCUUGAUGGCCGCACAGAAGGAUUUCUUUUGGGAGGCCUUGGACCUGCUGCAGAGGACUGCUGCGGGGGCUGGCUCAGGCCCCCCAACCCCUGAGAGCUGACCCCCCCUCUCCUAAUCUCACCCCUGGAGGGAGAGUCUGGCCCUGGGCCAGGAGCUAAGGAGAAAUGGGGUGGUAGCAGUAAACACUGCAUGUGCACAUGGGGGGGUGGGGUGGAGAUUGCUAGACGUGCCAGGAUGAACCGGGAACUGUUUUGUAAGAUUGUUCGGGGGGGCUGCCCAGGAGGGGCCCCCAAUCUAUCAUGGACAAGAGAUUUGAUGGACAAAUAGAAUAAAAGGCUGAAGUGAG